GCUCGGCCGCUGUGGUUCUCAUUCAGCUGCGAGGCAAAAAAGCAAGCGCUCUACGGUUUAGACUAUGCAUGGAUAAGCGUUGAUCUGUGGACUUCUUUAUACUCAAACUGACGGAUUUCUUGCCUUUUUAAACUAAUGGUGAACGGAUACGCAAACUCUUGCAGACUGUCCAGCCGCCUCAGCAGCCAAGCCAUCUGGAGCAAUGAGCGGGGCUCUCAAGAGGAAGUUUGAUGAGGUGGAGGAGGACCCCUGCUACUCGUCGGCAUCAGCGUCCCCAGCCUCGCCGUCGUCCUCGGCCUUCUCUGAGUGGGAGUCGGACGGGGAGAGCUGCUUCUCUGACACCCUGGACUCGCGGCCCAGCUGCCCGGGGUCUCCUGCCGCGCCCCCCCUGCCUGCCUCCAUCCUGAAGAAGGGCAAGCGGGCACGGAAGGGCGGUGUGCGCUUCGACGGCGUGACAGUCUUUUUCUUCCCGCGCUGCCAGGGCUUCACCAGUGUGCCCAGCAGGGGGGGCUGCACACUGGGCAUGGCGCGCUGGCACAGCGCCCGCCGCUACUACACGCUGGCCGAGUUCGCCCUGCAGCAGCGCCAGCUCCGCCGAGACAAGCUCAGAGAGCGGCUUAGGGAGGAGAAGCUGGAGGCCCUGAGGCUGAAGCUGACCAAUAACGGCACACAGGAGUUGGAGGAGGCCGACCGGCUGACACUGGAUGACAUCCCGGAGGAGGAGGUAGACAUCAGUGGCGUGGACCUGGAUGACGGCUCCUUCCUGCACCCCUACCCGUCCAGGCGGAGGCACGCCCUGCUGAAGGCGGCCGGCGUCAAGAAGAUCGAUAAGGAUGAGAAGCGGCAGCUGCAGGAGCUGCGGCGCUCGCGGGAAGACUGCGGCUGCGACUGUCAGGGCUUCUGCGAGCCUGAGACCUGCGCCUGCAGCCUGGCGGGCAUCAAGUGCCAGAUGGACCACUCGUCCUUCCCAUGUGGAUGUACCCGGGACGGCUGUGGGAACACAGAGGGCCGGAUCGAGUUCAACUCCAGCCGUGUGCAGACGCACUACAUCCACACCAUCAUGAAACUGGAGCUGGAGAAGAGGCUGGAGGAGAGCUUGGAGGAGGCGGUGCAGCAGCACCCCCUACAGGAGCAGGCCUGCGCCACGCCCUCCUUCCACUUCAGCCCCGAGCUGGCGGCGGCGGGCGACAGCAGCUGCAGCAGCGACAUCACAGACUCGUCCUGCUCGUCGGGGCAGAGUGAGGACUCCGCUGACAGGCCCCGCCCCGGGCCCGCCCCCCUGGAGGUGGAUGAUGACGGGCUGGCGCGUAUCCUCAGCCUGAGCGCGGCGGACAGCGAAGGCAGCGAGGACAGUGAGGAUGGCUCCUGCAGCAGCGGCGGCAACCGGCAGCAGGAGCCCGCGGACCUCACUACCAUGGACUCACACUUCAGUAACGGUGCUGGCUUUGCACCCCCGGGCCGCAGUGCAUCCAUCUCCUCCUACCUGGACGAGAACGCCAACCAGGCUGACACCCUGUUCCGGGGCUUCCCCGGCGCCACCUCCCCACCCGCCGAGCCCCCGUCCAAGAGCUACACGGACCUCAGCCUGUCCUCAGACUCGGACUUUGAGUUCUUCGACAGCUUCCCUGACUACAGCCCCAGCUCCCUGUACAGCUCCCUGAGAGACUACGAUCACCUGGACAGCUUCUUUCACUUCCAGCUGCCCAGCUACCCCAGCCUCCCCCACACCAGUGAAUCGGGCACCUGCCUCCUGGAGUCCCUCAUCGGCCUGUCAGAGUCUGUCCCCGAGCCUCCCGCCACAUUUACAGACAAUCAGCUGCUGGAGGAAGCCAUCAAGUCGUCCAUGGUGGAGUCUGUGAGGGUUUAAUGGCACGGACAUGGUCAAGAAACAGACAGGCGUGGCACGAGGACUUUUACACACUUACAGAGCAAAAUGAUUCACUUCAAAAGAAUUUUUUUUUUUGGACUUUCCUCUUAGUGUUAUUGAGAUUCCUGUAACCUGUUCAAGGGCUAGCGAGCAAGUCAGUUAUUACUACAUACCAGAGAGAUGGCCAUGUGUAUGCAUCCGCUAUCUGUCAGAAUUACCACUGAGAGGUACUUUGCUACACCCCAGCCCCCAGCAGUCAUGCACCCCACCCAACUCCCCACAAAAAAUGCCGCUUUUUAAUUUAAUGUAAUUUUUUAGGGGUCAUCCUCACUUAUGUGUCCACUUUAGGAACUUUUCCAGGGCCUCUGAUGAAAUGUGUUAGAACUGCUGGCGUCUCAAAAUGUGAGCCCCAAAACACGCAGCGGUAACUCUGACCCCCAUUAGAUCUCCCCACCUAAAAGUAGGCCACCAUCCCAAUUCCACAAACACCGGUCUGCUCUAGUCUGUGCACUGUAACAUGCUAUGGUACACAGAAAACUACUGUCAACCUUGAGUAACAAAAUUUCUCCCACAAACACCUCGCCUGUGGAAAUAAAGCAGAACAAAGCGAAGGAGCAUGUUUUUUUU